CAUCCUUUAUAACAUUUCGUAAAUUUGCAGUUCAACUGAUAAGCAACAUUAGUCUUGAUGUCGACGGACAGCUAUCCGCCGUGGAAGGGGGAACAUUUCGUGUUCGGUGUGAGGCCACUACAGAGUCAGAUUAUAAUGCGACAUAUAUAUGGACAUUGAACGGCACAGAGAUAACAUCUUCCAGAUUUCGAAUUGAAUCAACAGGAAAUUAUUCAGAACUCUCAGUUAUAAAUGCGAAUCGGAGAGACAGAGGCAAUUUAACGUGCAAUGCAACUGUUGAAGAUGAAUCUGCAUUGAGAAGUGUUGAUAUUGUAGUUUUCACUCUAAGACUUAUAGCAAAUCCUGAAACAGUUGAUAAAGGAUCUGGGACUGAAGUUGUAUGUGAUCUCAUUCCCAAUACCCUCCAUCAGUUAGAUACUUUCUUCACACUUUUCGACAAUGACAUCAAUGCUGAAAGUCAAGAAAAAUACCAACACGGAGUAAAACUGAAUAUCACUGAGCUAAUGGUCAGUACUACAAUUAGAUGUGAAAUGCAGCUUCAGAACCAGUCAACAUUUACAAAAAACAUCCUUAUUACAGUUUUUGAUGAAGCUACCCCAUUCUGUGCACCUGAAACAGACACAUACACUUUUGGAACACACAAUAUGACUUGGAACGCGACAAACGUAGGCCUUACAGCAUUCUCGUCAUGUCCUGAAGGAUUUGAUGGAAUGGUUUCACGCAAAUGUAACCAAAAAGGCAAUUCCGGAGUGUGGGGAACAGCAAAUGUCACUAACUGUGAAAGACGAAUCUUUAGAAACCUGAUAGAUCAACUAGAAAAUGUAAAUGAUGGAUUUCAAAAUGUGUCAAUCGUAGAGAUCCUGAACACAUAUUCGAAUACUACGGAUUCCUUAAACAACCAGUCUUCGUUGAUCACAGGAGAUAUCAACAGUGGAGUUAUAAUUCUGGAGAAAACCACUGAUAUUUUCUCCUCAAAAAGUAGAAAUAUAUCAUUCUCAGAAACAGAGGCUUACUUGUCAGCUACAAAUACAUUAUUGUCCAGUGAUACGGCAACAGAUUUGUGGCAAGAGGUUGGAGAUAACAAUGCAGCUAAAGUAAUGAAUAUAACAUCAACAUUUGCUAGUGUUGCAUUUAAUUCACUUCAAAACAACAAUAAAACAUUGAAAAUUUCAAGACCAUCUUUGGAUGUAGAAAUAAACCAAAACAACGAAGGAAACAUAACUUUCCACGCAUUUAAUCAACCACUUGGCAAGGACGACCGUCUUUUCCUAGAUAAGGAGAGCUUGAGAGAAAGAACAAAUACAACAGGAUACAUUGCAAUUCAUUAUAGUACAAUAGCACAGUUAUUGCCAAGGAAAACAAGUGUCGAUAAUCAGGAAAUUACAGUGAUAACGUCAGUUCUGUCACUGGCUCUACCAGGAAUCGACAUGCUUAGUUUGAAUCCACCAUUAUAUCUAUACUUCAAAUAUGAUCAGAUUCACGACGAAGGAGUUAGAUGCUCGUUCUGGAAUUACACUUUGGAGACAAAUGGUUUUUGGUCAGCAAACGGAUUAAAGACUGUUCAUCAGAAUAGUACCUAUACAGAAUGUACAAGUACUCAUUUGACAAACUUUGCUGUUUUAUUGAGUUUAUAUGAAAUACCAGAGAAACACGACGAGGUACUUGCGAUUAUUACCCAAAUUGGUUGUUCAGUAUCCAUUGCUGCUCUUGUCGUAUUGUUAAUAAUAUACUUUAUGGAAUGGAGACAUGUUCCAACUGAUAAGUCAAAAAUUCUCGUCACUAUGGCCGUAGUGUUCCUCCUAGCGUAUGUGGUAUUCUUAGCUGGAAUAGAAGGAACGGAGAAUAAGAUCGCUUGCAAGGUAGUAGCUGUUGUACUUCAUUUCCUAUUCUUGGUUGGUAUACAUAUGAUGGUUGCAGAAGGUAUUGUGCAUGGUAAAAUGCUGGCCACCGUAUCCAAAGAACCACGUUCAAUAUCACCUAUUUUGCUUCCAAUAGCGUGGGGAAUACCUGUUCUUAUUGUUGCGAUAUCGAUGGGAGUAACUAAACUAGAGGGAUACGGCGAUGGAAAGUAUUGUUGGUUAUCAACAAGCAAUGGACUAAUUUGGGCGUUUUUCGCUCCUUGUGCAGUAAUAGUUGUUAUCAACUUUGUGAUUUUUGUAUUUGUUGUGAGGAAGCUGUUCUCUAUACAAGCUGUAAAAAAACAAACAAAACUACAGAAAUUUAUAACUGGAUUUAGGUGUUUUUCAGUUCUAGCACCCCUUUUUGGAUUCACAUGGACUUUAGGAUUCUUUUCUAUAAAUGAAGAUACUAUCGUGUUGAGUUAUCUGUUUGUUAUCAUCAAUUCAUUUCAGGGAUUGCUGAUAUUUAUUGUACAUGGAUUAUUAAACCCAAAAAUUCAAGGUUCAUGGAAACGGAAAAUAUCAGUGUUUCGAAAGAGAGAAAAGUUUACAUCUACAACAAAGACAACCGACGAAAUUGCUUUUGACGACAUUACAACUGUCUCGAGUAAAAGAGUUUAUUCAAGUUUAGAGCCUACAGAAGGUAACCAGUAUUCAGGUUUAGAGCCUAUAGAAGGUAACCUGUAUACAGGUUUAGAGCCUACAGAAGGUAACCUGUAUUCAGGUUUAAAGCCUACAGAAGGUAACCUGUAUUCAGGUUUAAAGCCUACAGAAGGCAUUGAGACUGAAUCAUGACUACAAAACCCGAACUUAGUUUCUACAAAUAUAACCUGAUUGUUAUUGCAUGCGUUUUUCAUAAUAAUUUUCUUGGAAAUACCAUGUAAGACAUAAUCGAAUCUAAUGAUAUUACUAUUUUUGAAUUAUGGAAUGUUUCUUUGUAUUAGCUUUUUUGAUGUAUUAAUGAUAGUGAAGAGUUAUGUUGUAUUUUGCUGUUGAAUAUAUGUAUUAAAUGAAUAUAUUUAAUAAAUAAAGUGGCUGAAAUGAAAAUUGUAAUUCAUAUAAGGUACAAUUUAGUUAGUUUAAAUACAAGUUUCAGUUCUCAUGUUAUUUAUUAUACGAUACACGAACCACACUUUCAAUGUAAAAUAUGAACGUAAAAGUAAUGGCAUUACUCUAAUGAUUAAAAUGUAC